AUGUCUGAUUGGGAUACAGUACCGAUAACCCUGAGAAAACGAGUCCCCAAAGGUUCAGCCAUGAAAUCCGAAAAGGCCGUUAACACCGCUCGUCGCCAAGGUGUCCCCGUCGACACUCAAGUUAAAUGGGGAGGUGGAUCAAAUAAGCAGCAUGUCAACACAAAAAAUACUGCUAAAUUAGAUCGCGAGACUGAAGAACUUAAACACGAGACUGUUCCUUUGGAUUUGGGAAAAUUGAUUCAACAAGGAAGACAAAAUAAAGGAAUGUCGCAAAAAGAUCUUGCUACGAAAGUUAAUGAAAAAGCACAAGUUAUCAACGACUACGAAGCAGGGCGUGGAAUACCAAACCAAAUGGUAAUUGGAAAGAUAGAAAAAGUACUUGGCAUGAAACUUCGUGGCAAAGACCGUGGAACACCACUUGCAAUCAUCGAAACCAAGAAAUGAGGCUCGGCA